ACAGGAAGACCAGGGCUUCCGGGAGACAAAGGCGCCAUGGGGAUCCCUGGAAGAACGGGACUAAAGGGGCAACCCGGAGAGAAGGGAACCCCUGGAGAAGCAGGCAUGUCCAUCAUCGGUCCCCGAGGCCCUCCCGGACAGCCUGGAACAAGAGGUUUUCCUGGAUUUCCGGGCCCAAUUGGUUUGGAUGGCAAACCUGGCCAUCCUGGACAGAAGGGGGAGAUGGGUGUUGCUGGUCCCAAGGGACAGCCGGGACCUCCAGGACAAAAAGGAGAAAAGGGCCAGUGUGGAGACUACCCACACAGGGAAUACCUAAGUACAACACUCGCAGCCCUGCGCUCUAAUCAGAUCCUUACACUAAAGGGUGAACAAGGACAGGCGGGGAUUCAAGGUCCACCAGGGCCACCUGGUCCACCAGGGCCAACUGGACCAUCUGGACCAGCAGGAAAUCCAGGACAACCUGGCCCAGUUGGGCCACCAGGCAAAGCAGGGGAGCCUGGAAAGGCAGGCAAGGAUGGAAAGGGUUUACCUGGACCCCCUGGACCAAAGGGAGACCCUGGAAUUCAAGGAUACCAUGGGAGGAAGGGUGAGGUGGGUGAGGCUGGCCUACCAGGUGCACCUGGCCUUCCUGGACCUUUUGGCCCCAAGGGUGAAAAGGGGGACACUGGCAUGAAGGGGGAGAGGGGCAUGCCAGGGCUGCCAGGAAAACAUGGAGCUAAGGGGGUUCCUGGAAUGGCUACUGCAGGGAUGAAGGGAGAACCUGGAGUUGCAGGGAUGAUGGGCCCCCCAGGUUUGCCAGGGAAAAGGGGACAGAGGGGGGAGAAGGGAAGAGCUGGUGAUCCUGGACUUCCUGGAUUCCUAGGACAGAAGGGAGAGAAGGGAGAUGCUGGCAAUUCACUCGGGGGAGGUAAAGGGGAACCCGGACCCCCGGGACUACCUGGGCCUCCAGGACCAAAGGGGGAAGCUGGUGACAUUGGCCAGACUGGCAUUGCAGGACCGCAGGGGAAAAAGGGAGAACCUGGAGCACCUGGAGAACAGGGGCCUGUUGGUCCAAGGGGUCCCAAAGGGGAGCCAGGAAAGGAUGAAAUUGUGGAUUAUGAUGGUAACAUCAACGAAGCUCUACAGGAAAUACGAACGUUGGCCCUGAUGGGACCUCCUGGACUUCCAGGAGUAGCUGGGACCCCAGGGCAACCAGGACAGAAGGGUGAAAUUGGUUUGCCGGGUCCUCCUGGACACGAUGGAGAGAAGGGGCCACGAGGUAAAUCAGGAGAGGUGGGGCCUCCUGGUCCCCAAGGGCCCCCAGGAAAGGAGGGACCUCCAGGAGCGAAGGGAGAGACUGGACUUACGGGGACCCCAGGAGCAAAGGGGGAAAAGGGGGAGGCAGGAGAAGCUGGCUCUCCGGGAGAGAAAGGAGAACCUGGUGAGGAUGGGGAAAAAGGAGACGCAGGGGAUUCAGUAUCGGGGCCACCCGGGCCCCAAGGCCCACCAGGUGCUGCAGGUCUUCAAGGCCUUCCAGGACCGAAGGGGGAAGCGGGGAUUGAUGGAAUGAAAGGAGAGAAGGGUGUCGAGGGUGAGAAAGGAGACCGAGGUCCACUGGGAUUGCCCGGUGCUUCAGGUUUAGACGGCAGGCCUGGACCACCGGGUACUCCAGGACCAAUUGGAGCUCCAGGACCAGCAGGACCAAAAGGGGAAAGGGGCAGUAAAGGAGACCCUGGAAAUGCAGGACCAAAGGGGCCAGCUGGGCUUCCUGGUUUACAAGGCCCAUCUGGUGACAAAGGAAACCGGGGGGAGAGGGGCAAGAAAGGCUCUAGAGGGCCUAAAGGGGAUAAGGGAGACCAAGGAGCGCCUGGAUUAGAUGCACCCUGUCCAUUGGGGGAAGAUGGCUUGCCAGUUCAGGGCUGCUGGAAUAAGUGAUGGUUCUAACCAUGGACUGGCCUGUGUGUGUUUUGUACAUAGAAUAUUUAUUUUUAUACAAUGUUCUUUUCUGAAAUGCCAAGAAGUUAUACAUUUUACAAAUUAUCAAAAGCUGCAUAUAUUUUGUACAGAAAAUACUAAAUUUCCCUUUUUCUGUUUGUCAAUACUUUAUAUAAUUCUGUGUCUAUAUUAUGCUUAUAUUGUUACGGAGUCCAGCUGUAAUAUUUGCAUGAUAUUUGUGCACACUUGAUGAGUAUUGGAACUUAAUAAAUUAUUGCAUUCAGGUGCCAAAAGGAA